AUGGCGACGGCAGGCUCAACCUUCGUCACCAUUCCAAACUCACGCGUCAGGCAUUGUUCCUGGCAGCACAAGAGCAAGCAAUUGGGUCUCCAGGUACGUGCAGUGAGCAGCGAGGAGGAAGAGUUUGAGGCCCGGCUAGCAAGGAUCCAGAGGAAGUCCGCUGCUGGAAAGAAGGCUGCGGCACGCAAGGCGAAGAAACUGGAAGGCAGCGGGGGCGCCAGCAAAGGAGGCAAGGCGUUGUUGCUACCGCCGGUGCCUCUCGAGGAUGCCAUCUCGGAGGGUCUAGUGGUGGAGCUCGGGUUUAAUCCAUACACCGAGAGGCUCAAUGGAAGGUUUGCGAUGCUCGGCUUGGCGGCGCUGCUCCUGGUAGAGCUAGCAACGGGCAGCAGCUUUGUCAAGUACCAUGAAGCAGCGAUAAUUGGGAUCCAGGCCUACACCAUGCUCGCCAUAGCUGCGUUAUUUGUCAAGUAUGAGAAGGAGAAGAGAAGUGUUUGGCCGCCCCAGGCCUGA